UAUUUUUGAAGUUUUUUUUUUUUUUUUUUUUUUGUAAUCUAAAAAGUUUCAUAUUAGAAUCACAGUCUGCUUAUAAUCAACAGCGGACAAUAAGAUUAAAAAAAUGGCUCAGCUUUUAUCAACAUGCUUCAUAGUUUUGAUAUCAGUGCAACUGGUCAAAUCCUCUGGUGUGUUUGAGUUGAAAGUGCACUCUUUCACAACCACCAGCAGCAGUGUGUGUAAACAGUCCAGAGACUGUCAGGUUUUUUUCCGUGUUUGCCUGAACUACACACAGGACGUCAUAUCAUAUAGACUGGCAUGUUCUGAUGGCACUGGACUGACAGGAACAUUGAGCACAGGCCAGAGCUUCAUCAACACUAGUGCACCAAUAACUGUGCCUUUCAACUUAAAGUGGCUGGGAACAGUCUCAGUGAUAAUAGAAGCAUGGAGUGCAGAGUCCUCCAAUGAUCAGCCAACAGAGAAUCUAAACAAUAUGAUCGGCCACUUCGUCACCAAAAAAAAUCUUACCAUUGGUCAGAAAUGGUCCCUAGGAGAGCAUCUAGCAGAGCAAAGUGAGCUACUUUUUUCCUACCGUGUAGUCUGUGAUGAAUUCUACUAUGGCGAUGACUGCACUGAUUUCUGCCGUUCACGAGAUGACCCCUUUGGUCACUUUACCUGUGACGACGCAGGCAACAGACUUUGCUUACCUGGAUGGAAAGGCGAUUAUUGUGCAGAGCCCAUCUGCUUAUCUGGAUGUAGUGAGGAACAUGGUUAUUGUGAGGCCCCCGGUCAGUGCAAGUGCUUCCUUGGGUGGCAGGGCCCCCACUGUGAUGAGUGCAUACUUUACCCAGGGUGCCUACAUGGCACCUGCAAACAGCCCUGGCAGUGCAUUUGUAAGGAGGGAUGGGGUGGCCUGUUAUGCAGCUGGGAUCUUAAAUUUUGAAUUAAUAUAUUCAGUGCUUUCCAAGUGUUUUCAUUUAUAAUGGGCCACUAUGCGGGAGAAACCGCUUGAAAAAAAUCCUGUUGGAAUUAUGGUGUCCUGUUAACAAUAAUAAAAAAGAAAAAUAAACACAACU